GGGCCCUUGGCUGCAGGGAAGUUCCCCGACUUUAUCUCCUUGUUGGACAACUACAAGACAUCAACUGGUGUAGCAGAAGUGGUGACUCCAGAAGAAAUAGUUGAAAACAAUUGUUUUCUUGAUGCCAUCUUAGCAACAGAAGUCAUGAAACUAGCUCAUGGAUAUCUGCUUAAAAAAAACCUAGCAAAGCCAAACCUUGCUGAUUUCAAAUAUCAGCUCUAUGACAUCUGGUUCCAGCUCUAUGCCAGGAAAGAAGGAGACAGUAAGAAAGAAAACCCAACGAAUCCAGACAAACAAGAGUUUGAAUUUGCCCUUUACAUCGUCCUUUUCCUGCUGGCUGAAGACAGAGUCACACGUGAAACAGUGAAGAUAGAAGAAUAUGAGCUACAGAUGGUUGUUUGCUGCCAUGGGCACCACAUUGGAACAGCAUAUCCAGUACUCCUCAGCAUCAGUAGUGAAGACCAGUAG